AUGCCCAGGCCCGAACAUGGUGGACCACCAGAAUUGUACUAUAACGAAAGAGAAUCCACGAAGUAUACUAACAAUUCAAGAGUUAUUGAUGUCCAAUUUCGAAUGAGUGAGAGAGCAAUGGAAUUGUUGUCCUUACCAUCGGGACAACCCUCAUUGAUUUUAGACGUCGGAUGCGGAUCUGGCUUAAGCGGCGAAAUUAUCUCGGAAAUGGGUCAUUUCUGGAUUGGGUUAGAUAUAAGUAAAGCUAUGCUCGAUGUUGCUGCUUGGAGAGAAGUAAAUGGCGAUCUAUUCUUACAAGACAUGGGAGACGGAAUUGGUUUUCGACCUGGCACGUUCGAUGGUGUCAUCAGCAUUUCCGCUAUACAAUGGCUUUGCAACGCAAAUAAGAAACAUCACAGACCAGCCCAUCGUUUAUAUCGCUUUUUCUGCAGUCUUUAUAUCGCAAUGGCUAGGGGCGCCCGUGCUGUUUUUCAGCUAUAUCCAGAAAACUCUGAACAGCUAGAACUGAUCACUACAGCAGCAAUGAAAGCUGGUUUUACGGGCGGUAUAACUGUUGACUAUCCAAACAGCACCAGAGCUAAAAAGAUGUUCCUGUGCUUAUUCACUGGACAAACUGCAGCAGCUCAGUUACCUCAGGGCUUGGAUACUACCUUUAGUCCGAUCGCGAAUGUAGUACAAUUUACAAAUGAAAGGUUUGAAUUUUCUGGUAGUAAAAACAAGCUAGCAGCACCAGCACAUGCAAGAAAGAAAAGUAGAGAUUGGAUUCUUCAUAAGAAGCAGAGACGGCGAAGGCAGGGCUUCGAAAUUCGCGCCGAUUCUAAAUACACCGGUCGUCGAAGAAAACAUAAAUUUUAA